GCGCGGAGACCGUCCGUAGACGCUCGCCGGCCAUCCGUCGAGGCACGCAAGACCUCACUCGAUCUGAAUAGGUCGUCGCUGGAAGGCAGGAGACCCUCGCUGGACCGUGCCGGGUCACCUGUCACGCCCACCCGACCCCGCGCUCUCUCGCCGACUCAGCGCAACAUCACGCCGAACUACUACCAGAACAGGCUGCUCAACGCGUCAACGACUUCGCUCGGGGGAUCCUCAAACCCUGAGCAUCGGGAGCAGAUCCGGGCCGCGUCGUCAUAUCUCUGCAAGGAAAUGUUGAAGCCGCCAUCCAGGCUGAACGACUCGAGCCUGCAACCGCGGGAGUGGGAGGAGGUGGAGAUGCGCAUGCGGAGUUUGGCCAGAUUAGAGAGGGUUUGGGGGAAGAGCGGGGGCGGGAUGGGUAGUUCUUCCCAGUUGAGUUCGGCAGGCGGUUUGAGCUCGAGCGGGCUCAGUGCUAGUGGAGAGGAGAGGGAAAGGCGAUUGUUGACUGAGGCUCUGAGAGAUGGCUAUGUUCUCUGCCAACUCAUGAACAAGCUUUUUCCGGGCACCAUCUCUCGCGUGGAUCCAAAGGAGGACGGGGUAGCGCGGUCGUCUAAUGUCACCCGUUUCCUAGCAGCCUGCACUUCUGUCGGUGUAUCAUCAGAGGAUCUCUUCGGCCGAGACGAUCUCACCAUAGCGAACGCGGAGUCCCUAGCCCAAGUCGCUCGUACAGUCCUUGCUUUGCAACGACACGCGGAGUUCCCGUCCCCCGACAAGUCCAGGUACAUCCAGGGCGGCGUAGGACAGGGACCAUAUAGUGCGGGGGGCGGCUCGCGUGCUGCUUCGUCGACGCCGAAUCUCACCUUCGCUCAGAUGCAGCGCUCAACCUCGCCUGUCACGCCGCACUCGCCAACUGGGAGGAAACGCUGGAGCCCGCCGCAACCGUUGCCGACGCUUCGCUCAGCGAGUCCUGCGGAAGACGGCUCUGGGUCAGGCGGUUCCUCGGGAGGGAAGACGGUUGGCAAUGGCCACGCAAACCACGGUGGGGAGAGCGACCUUGAGUUUGACGAGGUCCCUCCCAUCAUGUCUCCCCCACCACGAUCUCCUCUUCGUCCAAGACCGAGUGUCGACCGCACCUCCGUAGCAGACUCGACACGCGCCUCCGUCGGCGACUCCGUGCGAGCGUCUGUGGCCGAUUCAAUAGCUGCUUCUCCGAUACGGCAAUCCCAGGCAUCCACCAUGACGGACACCACUGCCUUUUCGAGCCUGCUGGAGGUGCAGAGGACCACCAGUACGGGACAGAACAAGUUUGGAACCAUUCGCACGGUCACUACUGAAGCCACGUCUGUCGACGCGAGCGAGACACCCUCAUUCACGUUUGCAGAGGGUAAGGCGAUGGCCGCGACCUUGUUUGAGGAGCCGGCUCGAAGACGAAGCGGCGAGACACCCACCAGGCCAUCCCGCGAGCGACGUCCGAGUGAAACCGUGCCCGUUGACUUGGCCAGAGUUGCGGAGGAGACAGAGGAGGGUUCAUCGAGUUCGAAGAGCAAAUCCAGGAGCGGAGUGUCCCUCAGCAAGCCAGAGCAGGAUCGCGAGCCAAGCCCACAGAAAGCGUCCCCCAUAAAAUUGGGCAAAGGCAAGUGGCCGGAUGACUUUAUAGAUGCAUUCCAGGCCCCGAAGUCCUCCAUUCUUGAUGGGGACGAGUUCGGCGUCUAUGAACCCGUCACACCCAUUUCCUCGUCACCUCCCCGCAAGUUGGCUAUUGUCGGCGCUUCGAGGCCUGACGCAAGCGUCGAGUCCCUGCCACAGUUCCCUCGGCGUCCGACCCAUCGUGCGAGACACAGCGUCGAUACUCCUGGCCUUCUGCCGAAGGAUCAGGUGUUGUUCAGAGACGCCAGUCCAGACGGCGGGCCUCCAUCCCCUAGGAUCGUCUUGCGACGUAGCAGUACGCGCACUGGGGCCCAACGAAAUGGCGUCUACGUACCUCGGAGCGACUCUCGCUCUCAAGAGAGCGACACGCGCGUACCAUUUCCACGAUCUGUCUCCGCCGAACAUGCCCCCGCUUUUGCCCAGGAUCACUCGGGCGAAUCCACUCCCGCAGGUUCGUCGACGACGUCCAAGCCGGGCUCACCUGGUCCUCAUGACAGGCCUCGACAACCUCGCGGUCGCUUCCAAAGCGAGAUUGACGGGGCCAGUUCGCGCAGAAAGCCCCGUCCCAACUCGUACGACGAGCUCGGUGCUAAGCCUCGUCGGUCAAGAUAUGAGAGUAUGGUGAACCUGGGGGUCGUGACAAGCAACGCGAGUGCCAGCGACAUCCUCACGAGAGACCCUUACGAAGGCAGCGCUGUUCGGCAGACGCUGGUUGUUAGAGAAGACGGCAAGCCGCCGACUCAGUUCCAACUCGGGAACUGUAUCGGGCGAGGUCAAUUCGGUGCUGUUUAUCGGGCCCUGAACCUAAACACAGGACAGAUGGUGGCGGUCAAGAGGAUUCGUCUCGAGGGUCUCAAAGAGGACGAAAUCAAGCAGCUCAUGAAAGAGGUCGAUCUCGUCAAGAGCUUAUCUCACCCGAGUAUCGUCAAAUACGAGGGCAUGGCGAGGGAUACCGACUCCCUGAGCAUCGUUCUUGAGUACGCAGAGAACGGUUCGCUAGGCCAGACACUGAAGGCGUUUGGCAAACUCAACGAGCGUCUUGUGGCCGGCUAUGUGGUCAAGAUCCUAGAGGGUCUGCACUAUCUUCAUCAAAGCGAUGUGGUCCACUGCGAUCUGAAGGCGGCUAACAUCCUCACUACCAAGACCGGGAAUGUCAAGCUCUCGGACUUCGGGGUCUCGCUCAAUCUGCGAGCAAUGGAACGCGAGAUGAAGGACGUGGCGGGGACGCCGAACUGGAUGGCUCCCGAGGUUAUCGAACUGAAGGGCGCUUCUACGAAGUCCGACAUUUGGUCGCUUGCUUGCACGGUCAUCGAGCUUCUCACAGGGCGUCCCCCUUACUCAGAGAUCGCAAACAGCAUGUCUGUCAUGUUUCGUAUCGUCGAGGACUCCAUGCCACCCCUGCCGGACGGGUGUUCGCAGUCGCUGCAGGAUUUCUUGAGACAGUGCUUCCACAAAGACCCGACGAAGCGACCGAGUGCCGAAGAGCUGUGUGAGCAUGAGUGGCUGAAGAAAAACUGGGCUAUCCACAACAAGGAGUUGCGGCCUCAAGAUAGCAUUCCUUUCUUGCGUCGCGUCUCUGCCGACUAUCACGCGCAAAAGGCGGACGUUAUGCGAUAUCUCGCCGGUGUUGAGAUGCCCGAACGUCUAGAGUCAGAUAGAGCGUCUCCAGCAUUGUCGUCGUCUCCCGACAAGCGGCCACGCGUCGACGUGUCACCUGCAACACGUAGACCUUCCAACGAUCCUGAUCAUUUUUCACCACGCGAGCACUCCUUUGUACGAACCACCUUCGGCAAGCCUGUCAUAUGCCGCGUAUGUAACCAAGGAGUGAAGAAAAGUGCUGUUCUUUGUGAACAAUGCAGUCUUAUCUGCCAUGCGAAAUGUGCUCCGAAUGCACCGCCAACCUGCGAUUUACGAGCACAGCUGCUUCUAUACGCACAGUACGCGGAGACUGGUAGUCCGACUGGCCAAUACAGCAACCCCAUGGAGCUCCUCGAGGCACUUCAGGCAAACGGACCCCUCAGUCCUGUUUCCGAUGGCAGUGACGUUACCCCCAGAACCAGUUUCGAUACGCCUAGCUCGCCUUCUCCUAUUCCUAUGGGCGGCGCUGUUCACCCACCUAGCGCAUACAAAGUGCUCGCAGCGUUCAAGCGCUCGAAGUCCUUCCUGACCGAACAUUCGGACAAAUCCUCUCCUGCCCCUUCAUCAUCACCUUCUUCUCCCCGCCUCCCGUACCCUCUGAUCCGUUCUGUUCUGACGAAGCGCAAGUCCGAGGGCAAGGAGCGACCGCUCUCUAUUUCCAGCAGCAGCACGGGCCCCAAUACCUCGAGCAUGCGAAGCGCCGUGACGGCCACAGAAAGCAUGGCUAGCACGCAGCGAGGAUCAACGCGGACCAUGGCCACGGGGACGGACCCACACGGCCUCCGAACCAAUCAGGAGGAGGGCAGAGUUCCGGGAGACCUCUCCAGGAGCGGUCGACGCCGCGAUCGAGAUUCGAAGUCGAGCAACGGCUGCUCGGUGCAGUGAUUUAUUCAUCUCCGUCUCAUUUAUUUGCGUGCACGCUGCUCACCCGGACGACUUAUACACGUGUACUCUGUACUGCAUGGUCUCAUUGCAUUUACGCUCGUUGCAUCGUCAUGGGACUCGACAUUUUACUCCGCAUUUCGUACUGCAUAUAUUGCCCCCCUUCGCGUAAUAUGCCAUGUCAGGCACCUCGACGUCCUCACCUCAUUAUACCUUGUCUUUAUCAUUAAGAGCUGCUCAGUAUUACUUUGACGUUGUCGUAGUACAAUGUGUGUACCAACAAGCGUGUCGCAUGUCACAUGUAUACGAGAAUACAUAGGUUGAUAUGCACUACUUCCAUGAAA